AUGGCUGCUGGAUCCCCUGUGAAUGCCACCGAGCUUCCACUUGACUUGGUGAACCCAUCAGUUUCGGCCGACGAGCCAUUGGAUGCUCGCGACAUUGAAUUGGUGCAGACCACUUUCAAGAAGGUGGCGGAAGUGGGUCCUGAAGCAGCAGGCCGCAUCCUCUUUGGCCACAUCUUCCGGAUUGCACCCGAAGCCAAAGCACUUUUCUCCUUUGCCAAAGACGAGGAGACAAUGUGGUUGCCGGGAAGCAGACUGGAGAAGCAUGGCGCAAGGGUUGUGAACACGGUUGCCACUGCAGUGUCCAUGUUGAACGACCUUGAGGCACUCGUCCCUGUCUUGCAGCGUUUGGGCCUGCAGCACGUGGGAUACAAGGUCUUGCCACCUCACUAUGAUGUGGUGGGCCAAGCAUUCAUCGCAACCCUUGACGAUGCCUUGCAAACCGAGUUCACUGAAGCUGUGAAGAACGCCUAUCUGAAGGUGUGGAAGAUUGUGCAGGCCACCAUGAUUGGAGGAAAAGCCUUAGCAGCACGCGUCUCCUUGGUGGCUUGCACGGCGAUGGGGGCUUCCACUUUGAGGCGUGACGCUUUGGUCCCCUGGUGGCUGGCCUUUUGGCUGGCCAUCCCCGAUCACGUCCAGAUGGAGUGCGGCUGGUGGUUCAAGCUGGAGGGUUGGAAGUGGUAUAUGGACGAAGUGACUUCCUUUCUCGCGGAAUUCCGAUCCAGGAGCAUUUCCAUCACUGACAACACCAUUGAGGCCAUCUGCGCGGCACCCGAGAUGCUUCAGGAGAGCGUCAAGCGUUUUUUGGAGCCAAUUUUGAGCGAGAUGGGGGCCUGCGGGAGAACUGGCUUCCUUAUCAACCGCCAGAAGAGCUUUUGCCGCGGCGACGCAAAGACCACGCCAGCAAGCGGCCCGCCCCGGUUCCAGGCGGUGGCGCAGGAGUGUGACGCACCAGUUGAGUCAGGCCCUGAAAUGACGGAGCAAGAGGAGGUUGCAGCAGCACCCGAGGAGGCACUGGUGACACCGGAAGUGGCUGAGGAGGCACUGGUGACACCCGAAGUUGCCGAGGAGGCACAGGUGGCACCGGAGGUUGCCGAGGAGGCACAGGUGGCACCGGAGGUUGCCGAGGAGGCACAGGUGGCACCGGAGGUUGCCGAGGAGGCACAGGUGGCACCGGAGGUUGCCGAGGAGGUUGCGGCUGCUCCGGAGGUUGCGGAAGAGGUUGCGCAUGCAGCACCAGAGGUUGCAGAAGAAGUGACGCCAGCGCCAUCACCAGCCAUUGGAAGGAUUCCCAAUGAAGAUGCUCCGGAGCAAAUCCAGUGGUCCUGCGUGGAAUGCGGAGUGGCAUUACCAUGGGGCAGUGAUUGGAGACAGGAGGGGGAGGACUUCUAUUGCAAGUCGUGCCACCGCGGCUUUGACGAUCGUUGGUGGGACUUCCACACCCGCGACGUGAUCACUUUGGAAGUUGACUCCGACAGCGCCACCGAACAGCUCGGUCAGGGUCAGCACGGGCCUGGGGUGGAGGCUAGGACGGCCGCAGGGCAGGUGGUGUUGAGGUUGCUGGCGCAGCAGUUGGGAGAGCUGACAAGUGAUACCAGGCUUGCGGGUGUGGAUUCCCUGGCCGUGCUGACCCUGUGCCGCCAGCUCCGCCUGGCUGUACCCGGGCGCGAGUGCAUCAAACCCCAGGAUUUCUUCCGUUGCGGCAGCGUGGGAGAGCUCUUGCAGUUGGUGGAGCAACAACAGGAAUGUGAUCAACAGGUCUCUGAGGCCAGUGGAGACUGGGGGCAGCCCCGGACCAUUUGGUUCGCACCGGGGCAGGUCAACAGCACCUGUAAGUGGCUUUAUGGCUGCAAGGGGCUGCUGGAUGUCACCUGCUUCCGCCGUGCCGCCGCGCGCUUGCUGGCGAGACAUGAAGGGCUGAGAGCAGAGAUGGAGAGUCCAGCAGGUAUGGAACUCCUGCGCUUCCUCCGUGACACGGGUCCUCUGCAUGCCAUGCUCUGGCAGCAUCUGGAGCUGGCCGUGGCGGGAUGGCCUUCGGUGUCUUCACUGGUGCGGAAGGGGAAGGACUUGGUCUCCUGGAGCAUGAAGGAAUCCUGGCCCAAGUCCGUGCCGUUGAGGCUCACGGAGGAGUUCCUGAAGGAACGGGUCCGGGUGGUGCGGUGCCGCUCCUGGCGCGAGGUGGAACAGGCCUCGGACCAAAUGCGGCGCAGCUGGAAACCGCCCAUCGCCAUUGGCUUGUUCCUGUUGGAAUCUGCACCCGAGGGUGAUGACGCAGCUGCAAGACCCGAGGACUGGGGCGCUCCCAGCAGCUUUUUGCAGUUUGUGGUGUCUCAUGCUUACUCAGAUGGCUUCUGCAGUGUGCCAAUGGUCACAGAUUUCGCUGCGCUUUAUGCUCAAGAGGAGGAAUGGGUUGCAAGCCAAAGUUCGCUUGCGGGUGAAGGCUCCGAGAGCACACCGGGCCGCUUGCUGCCACUACGACCUGGUGCGGCCUUCGAGGUCCUCGAGCAACGCUUCCUGAGCGCUUUGGAGGGUCGACCCAGCUGGAGUCAUCCGGACCAGCUCUCCAUGCGCUCAUGCACCUUGGAUAGCACACCGCCGACCAAGUGGACCCCGUGGGUGUACAAUCAUGAGGUCCUGGUGGAGGCCGAUGCCGUGGCGCACCUGCGGAGAUGUGGCAAGACGUAUAAGAUCCCCUUCGAUGUGGUGUUGUUGGGCGUGGUACUGGCUGCCAGCUUCAGAGCCAGCUGGCUGCAGCAACGCACCAGGCAUUUCUACAAGGGUGGAACUGACGAGGACUUCGAACGAAAAACCGACAAGAUGACGAUGCCACUGACCUUUUACGCUCCAAUGCGCGAUGGAGACUUGAACGACACCAUGGUGGGUCUCUUUAGUGAUUGGCGGGAUCUGACGGUGCCGUGCAGCUCUUUAGUGGGUUUGUUGGGCUUCUGCUUGGACCUGGCCGAUCUCAUCCGUCAUCGCAGGUGGACGAUCUUUGAUCCAGUGAACAAUGCACAGAACAUCUUGGUGAACAUCCUCCCCUUAGAUGAGGAGGUGCGGGGGGAGCAGUUUCUGCAGACCCGGGCUCAUGAGUAUGGAGGACGUCGCGGCUCUCCAAACGACCGCCGGAGGUGUUACAAAGCUGCACACCGACCCAUGCGGCUAACGCUGGAACAGGAGGCUCCAGAUGCCUGGUGGAUCUCCUUGGAUCUGAAUGCAGAUCACUACCCCACAGCCUGGUGUCGAGCCUUUGCCAAAUCCUUGACACAGACCAUCAAGGACCUGAAAAGUCGUCCGAUGCUCCCUGUACUGCGUGCCGAUUGGGCCAGUAGCGGAGGAACGAGACCGGGCGCGAUGGAGGCGCAGGUUGCACAGACCUGA